AGGAAACAUGUAAAAUCCCAUUCAACUGCAAGAGCAGCAACCAAUCUUCCCCAAUCACAAUCCAAUAGGGGAAUCAGCAAUCAAGAUGCGCUCAACGCAAUCGGGACGAAUAGUCAAGUCCCGUAAGGGAAAUGGGACCCCUCACCAGAAAAAUCAUAGAUGGGAGUCUUUUACGGCCAAGAUCUCUAAGCUUCAUUCCCUCGAUCCUCUACGAAAAGUGCGACGACAUGAUCUCGAAGUCGAAAACCUCGAAACGACGACCUCAUAUUUCAAAAAUGGCAUGGAGAAAUGGGCGGAUAUGAACAUAUCCAAACAAUUCACUCUCUUCCGGAGAGAUGUGCGGCCUUACUACGACAGUCUACCUCAGAUCCUGCACUUCCAAGACAAGAUUAUGGAACUGCUGGCCAAAUACAUUUCUGUACACGAAAAAGAGUCGCUAGAGCCUCUACUAGACCUUCUCACCGCCUUAGCACAUGAUUUGGGUUCGCGCUUUGAGAAGCAUUACCCGACUGCUCUAUCCUUGAUUACUGGAAUUGCAAGUCGACCUCAAGAUGCGGCGGUCGUUGAAUGGACUUUUGGUUGCUUGGCUUUUCUGUUUAAGUAUUUGUCAAAGCUGCUGGUUUCAGACAUCCGGCCAACCUUCGAUGCUCUGGCACCACUGCUGGGCAAGUCUCGGAAUCCUCCGCACAUCGCUCGAUUCGCUGCUGAAGCACUGAGUUUCCUCGUUAAAAAGGCUGCGGCACCAGCGAAUCGAGAAAAGGCUUUGCCCGUGCUAAUAGAACAUGUCAGAAAAGACCUUGAUACUAGUAGAGAUAGUCGGCAAUUUGGGCUAUACUACCAUGGACUGAUGACUAUGUUUGCGGAGGCUAUCAAAGGCCAAGGGCAUAACUUACACACGAGUGGAACCGAGAUUAUCAAGUCGUUGAUCGCAUCUGUUCCAAGUGAUGAAUGCCUUUCUUCAGAUCCUGUAACAUGGGUUGACUUAGUUUGCGGUGUACUCGUUAGUACCAUUCACCACACGACAGCAGAAACAUUCGAGCCUAUUCCAGAAUUAAUUAUCGAAACAGCCACGAAGGACGAGGAGUGCUCGAGAUAUGCGUUGCGUAACUGUCUUUAUGUCAGACUUCUAGGAACGAUAUCUGGAGUCCGGAAAGGUAGCCGGAUAAUCAACUGGUCGCCGAUUCUUAGUUGCCUAUUGGAAUCUCUAAAGGCUCUCUCCAAAAACCCGACCGUCCUCGGUGACGUUGACUUAUCCACCGUCUGGCAACAGUUAAUGGUCAAUGUAGCUAUUGUAUGGCAGCAAGCUCCGAUGGACUCAGUCAUUCCACAUAUUACCGAGUUUACAGCCGUCAUGACACGAGAUCCUUUGAUGAGAUGGUUUAUCCCGUUCUGUUCUUAUUUUUCGGACCUAGACUCUACCAGAUUUCGAAGUCUUUUACUAAAACCAUUUCAAAAGUUUAUUGUGACACAUUGGUCUGAGGGUUCUAAUGAGGAUAUGCUAUGCGUUCUCCUGCCCCGGAUGGCAGAAUCUCACGCGUUGCCUUCGCCUACGGACGCCGAUAACUUUUCGUUGCCACAAUCCUGGCAAGAUCAGAUUGUCACGAAAUUCGAGCGCCUCGAAGUUUCGCCCUUUCCAGAACAAGUUACUUCGGGAGGGUAUGAUAAAGACCCCAAAACGUGGCGCGGCAAAUGCUUGCCCAAAUAUUCGGCUCUUCUACGUGUCUUAGAAGCAGCCGCCGUUCGGCCUUCGACGAACGGACCGAUCGCCGAAAUAUUGCUGAGAAAGCUUAAGCUUGCACUGAAGCCUUCUUUGUCCUUGGCGAGCGAGGAAGCUCACUUCAUCGUGAGCCAGGGGUUCUCUUCAUACCUACGGAUAUGCAAGAUUACUGGGCAGAUCGACAGCUCUCUCGAACCUUUGCUUAAAGCCGCUACCCCUCGAUAUCGACGACUCACGGGCUUCCUGGAAGCUAUGAUUGCCUACGAGGACCAGCUUAAUCCUAGGAGAAGUCCCCAGAGCGAGAGUAGUUCUAAUAGUGAAGGUGAUGAGGACCCGUUUAUGAAGAGUCUGGUUGAUAACUUGUCUAGCUCAUCACAUCAGCACCGAUCUGCGUCUUUGAAAUUGCUUAGUCGGCUUGGUGCAGCGCCUGAUGAGUUAGACUCCUUAGCCACUAUGAUCCAAACCGAGGAAAUGCCUCUAGAAUUACAAAAUGCUCGGUUUAUUUCUCUCCAUAUUCGGAAGUUAGCAGCGAAUUAUCCUCAACUCAGCAAAAUUUCAUGGCUUCGACGAGCAAUACCCGCGUUUCUCUUCGGACAGAUGACGGUCCGUUUAACUCCAAUUUGGGAUUCUGCGGUUGAAGCGCUACAACAAAUUAGCCAAGAUAAGUCUGGCGAAGAUGCCGUAUGCGAGCUUGCUUUCAACUGGAUUGAUACUCCAUCCAAGCGAUGGGAGGGUCCACCGAAAGGGAUUCCAGCUUCUUCGAAUGGCGGGCUGACAGAUUUUGAAUGUUGGAAUCUAUCGAAUUUACGCAGACGGGCAGAUGAGGCAGAGCAAGUGCUUAGAUGCUCCUCGGAGGUUAUGUUAGAUAUUUUCGAGGGAAGCCAAGGUUUAGUUCCUCUGAUCACCUCCAAUGCAAGAUCCCAAGCCCUCAAGGUCUUCUUGGCCACCCCUGGUAUAGCGGAGAGAAGAUCUCGCAAGUUGGUUCCUUACCUACUGUCAUGGACAAGAGAUUCGGACGAGCAGGAUGAUAAUGAAAUGGAAUCACCUGAGCAGCUUUCUGAUGGAUCAUGGUCUCUUUUCGACAAGAAAGCCCUGCUUGGGGUGUUCGCGCAAUUCACAAACCCCAAGGUCUUAUAUCAGAGCCAGCAAGUUUACGAUGCUCUUCUCGGAAUGCUUGCCAAUGGCGAUGUCGAGGUCCAAAAAUCUGCUCUUAAGGCAAUUCUUACCUGGAAGCAAGAAGGUGUUAAACCUUUUCAAGAAAACUUGGAGUAUCUUCUCGACGAAGCCAGAUUCAAGAACGAACUUACGGUGUUGUUCCAAGGAGAUCAGCAGAUCAAGCCGGAGCAACGACCCGAAAUAAUGCCUGUACUGCUCAGGCUACUUUACGGGAGGUCGAUUUCUAAGAAGGGUGCUGCGAGUGGCCGUCAUGGUCUUCUUGCUACUAGGCUUGCUGUGCUAAGGCAGCUUACAAUUGACGACAUGGGAGAGUUCCUCGAAAUUGCUCUAGGUGAUCUUCGAGGGGUCAGGAUAAUCGAAAAUACCCAAUUGCGCGAAGAUACGUUCAAUCGCGAAGUAUUGACCGUCCGAAAGCAAGUCGGAUUUUUGAACAUGAUGGAAGCCAUGAUUAACGAGAUGGGCACAGACGUUCUUUCCUUUGCCGACAAGAUCCUUAACGCAGUUCUCUACUGUCUCGUACUUUCUUCAAGGAAGCUAAACCAAACCGAUGAGGACGUGGAAGAGGACCAACUUGCGCAAAGUUCCCUCCUUCGAGUCGUCAGGAGCACAUCAUUGAAAUGCAUAAUUUCACUUCUCCGGAAUGCCACCAGCUUUGACUGGACUCCAUAUAAAGACGUGUUCAUCAAUGAGGUUGUGAGUCCGCGUCUGGACAAGCUUCCUGUCGAAACAACCCAAGGUGUAUCUGGCACCCUUCAAUUCAUUUCUACGUUAUCGCAAAUCCCAAAGACUGCUUAUUUUCUCUCAAUCGAUAAACGGAUCAUUCCACAGUUGAUGGGAUGUCUAAAAUUGGAGAAGACCAAAGACGAGGUCAAAAUAUUUGCCCUUGGUAUUGUGCGGAGCAUAGCGAAUCUAUCUCAGCAGCCGGCCGAACAGUCGGAAUUCAACGAGCUGAUCCAGGAAGAAAUACUAGAUCCAAAUAUCAACUUCAUCUUGGAGAGUAUAGGUGCUGUGCUGAAAUCAAAAGGAGAAGUAGGAAGAGAUCUACUCAUGGCAUGUGUUGAAUCUGUAGUAGAGUUGUCUCCGAUCAUUCAGAAGUCCGUUUACCUUACAGAUCUUGUUGACAUAUCGGUUACCCUUCUCAAUCAACCUUCGCGUCGUGUCAAUCCCAGGGCUAAGGGGCUUCUCCUUUCUAUGCUUGAAAACUUUAUCAAGCUUGCGGGAGCUGAUCUCUCGGUUGAAUUGAAAGAUCGGAUCUAUUCGACAUUAUCAUCACUCUUCGGAUUUUUCAAGGACCGUGUCAAUCGACAGGCGCUAUCAAAUGUCCUAGCCGUAUUGUACAAUGAUCCGGUCUCUCUUGAAUUAUCAACGCUCUGUGCGGAUCUCAACUCCUAUGAUAGUAGCCGCGUCGAGGAACCGAAUUAUGAGAAACGUCUGCAAGCCUUCAAUUCUAUCUUACAACCAAGAGACAUACCAUUCACGCCGCGAGAUUGGGAGCCUUUGAUAUACAAUAUGACCUUUUACAUCAAGCAUGAUGAAGAGUAUGGAAUAUUGUCUGCGAACUCGGCUGAUGGCUUGUGCAAGUUUGUUGAAGCUGCCGCUUGUUCAGAGGGAGAAGAGCGAGCUAAAUUUUACGAGAUGCUCUCAGAUAUCUUGAUCCCAACCCUAUAUUCUAAUGCGCGAGAGCCGUCGGAGACGGUGAGAAGGGAGGCCGUGAAAGUAUUUGGGUCUCUGGUGUCUCGAAUGCCAUCUUGGCCUCCGGUCGCCGAUCUUGUGGCAAUCAAUCCUCAGCCAAACGAAGACGAUCCCGACCCUAGCUUCUUCAGCAAUAUUCUAAGCCCUGCCACUGCGAGACAGAUGCGAGCCCUUCAGCUACUAUCAAAGGUCAAUUAUCAUACACCUUUGGGCAGUAAAAACCUAACCCACUUUUUCGUGCCCCUCCUCGAACAAUUUAUCUUCAACCGAGAGGAGGGUAGUGAUGAUCAUGGCGUAGGUGCUCAAGCAGCAUCAACAAUUGCUGAUAUAGCCUCUUCUCUAGAAUGGCCUCAAUAUCGAGCUAUACUACGCAGAUAUAUCAGCUACAUCGAGUCGAAACCGGAACUGCAAAAGCAGUUGAUUAGACUUCUCGGAAAGUUCGUCGACACCCUUGCGGCAGUAGCUUCAAAUGAGAAUCCGGAUGCGAUGGAUGUAGACUCAACAACUACUACGGGCCCGCCAGAGAAAUGUAGGCUAGCAGCAACAAUGCCCGCCCAUGAGAAGUUGAAUGAUGAUGUCCUGACUAAUAUCCUACCAUCGCUCGUGGAAUAUCUUCACGAAAAAGAUGAAACUACGGUCAGCUCACGUGUUCCUGUCGGUAUCAUUGUCGUCAAGAUUCUGCAGGUGCUUCCAAAAGAAACACUGGACCAGAAACUUCCCGGAGUCCUUACAGAUAUUUGUCAUAUCUUACGAAGCAAAGCAUGGGAGUCUCGAGAGAUGGCACGGAGUACCCUAUCAACUAUGACAUCUCUUUUAGGGGCAUCUUAUUUUGGAUUCGUCCUUAAUGAAUUGAGAGGGGCUUUAACAAAGGGGUACCAGCUUCACAUAUUGUCUUAUACGAUGCAUACCAUCUUAGUCAACGUCAUCCCCCAAUUUCAACCCGGAGACCUUGACUACUGUCUCGACAAGAUUGUGAGCGUCAUUAUGGACGAUAUUUUCGGGGUCGUAGGCCAAGAAAAGGAUGCAGAGGAGUACAACAGCCAAACGAAGGAAGUUAAGAGUAGGAAGAGUCAGGACUCAAUGGAACUCAUUGCUCGAACAGCUUCUGUCAACCAUCUUGUUGAUCUUGUACGACCUCUGAAGUCACUGCUGCUCGAAAAGCUUGACAUCCGCAUGGUCCGAAAAAUUGAUGAUUUGCUGUCCAGGAUAGCUUCUGGCCUGUUUAGCAACUCUGCGGCCGGGACCCGGGAUACCUUGGUGUUUUGCUAUGAGGUUAUUCAGGAGGUGUACGAGAGCGAGAAGCCCCGAUCCGAACCGAAGCUCGACCCAAAACUCAGACGGUACCUCAUUCAGAAGGGCGCUAAUAAAAGCGGUGAUCGCAGUACAACUAGCAAGUACACAUACAAACUCGUACGAUUUGCCGUCGACGUUCUUCGGUCUGUACUGAAGAAACAUGACAACAUUCGGAACGCCACCAAUAUUAUUGGGUUCAUCCCAAUUCUUGGCGAUGCUCUAGUCGGAGGCGAGGAAGAAGUCAAGAUAGCGACUUUUAAGCUUCUAAUCACUCUUGUCAAGGUUCCAUUCAAGACUGACGAUGCGACGAAACUCUACAAGGUGGCAUCCAAGGAAGCUUCGAAAUGCAUCUCGACGUCUACGUCCACCGAAACAGAUCUUGCACAGAGCGCUCUUAAGCUUAUGUCUGUCAUCAUUAGAGACCGCCGCGACGUUGUGGUGAAAGAUGCAGCAGUUGAUAUGCUACUGAACAAGGUUAAGGACGACCUAACGGAGCCUCUCUAUCGCCACGUCACCUUCAACUUCUUGCGAUCAAUUCUUGACCGAAAAGUUGAAACCGCUACGGUAUAUGAUAUUCUAGACUACGUCGGAACUGUUAUGAUCACCAAUGAUGAUAAAGACACUCGAGAUUUGGCCCGAGGUGCUUUCUUCCAAUUCCUUCGCGACUAUCCUCAAAAGAAGAAUAGGUGGGCCAAACAGCUUAGCUUCGUCGUGGCAAACUUGAAAUACGAAAGGGAAGGCGGUCGUCUUUCGGUCAUGGAGAUUGUACAUCUUUUACUGAUGAAAUCGGCCGAUGACUUUGUUCAAGAAGUCGCUGCAACCUGUUUCAUUCCUUUAGUCUUCGUCUUAGUCAAUGAUGAUAGUGAGAAGUGUCGACUGGCUGCUGGCGAAUUAAUCAAGGAAAUCUUCCGAAAAGCAGACAAGGAACAAACAUCGAAGUUUUUGACGCUUAUGCGUUCCUGGGCGGAGCAGGAUGACAAUCCUUCGGUGUUACAACUGGCAUUCCAAGCAUUCUCACUCUACUUCGAAGCCAGGGAACCUGCCUCAAAAGAUCGCAAAGAUGCAGGUCUCUUACUCGAAGCGGCUACUAACGUGCUAAACAAUUACUCUAAUUUUUCAAAGGAUUCGGAGUUGAUUGACACAGUUAUGCGCAUGGUACCAAUUCUCAUAGAGAAGCACCCAUCAGCAGCAUUGGCACAUGACGGAUUAUGGCAAUCGAUUUCGGUUCCUCUUUCGCAUCCAGAUCCCACAGUCAAGCUGUCAAGUGUGCGCUUGCUGAAGAUUUAUUUAGCUGAUUUCUACGAGAAUAAUAAGGAUACCAAUGAUGCACGGACUCUUGUUGGAUCACACGGCCUUCAAUUGCAAUCACAAAUGGUUGGGCAUUUAACCCUUUAUGCAGUGGGUGUUCUUAGCCCUGCAACUGUAAGGAGGUGGAAGAGAAGAAUGCAAAAGAAAAAUAGUGCUGCUUCCAGUACGAAUGACGAUAGAGCAUUCUCUGUUGAAAGUACAGCGGAGCUUGACGAGACCCUCGCUGCUGAAGUUGGUCGAGUUAUCCUGACGCUAAGCAAAUUCAUGGAUAUUGGUUCGCCGGAUCCUGAAUCCAGUGAUAGCGACGCAGAAGACUCUGAUGAUGAGGAGGAAUGGGGUGGUCUUGAUACGGAAGAAGAAAUCAGCCAGAAGGCUACUCUCCACACGCUAUUUGUUUGGCUCUCUGAAAUUCUCGUUGAAGAGACGCGGCCUAAUGCCCGUGCGCUCAUACCCAAAGUGGCGGCAUUAGACAUCCUAUAUAUCCUCAUCUCAACCUUACCCGAAGCGUCUCUAAGACCUUCGCUCAACAUCCUCCUCACGCCCCUCCACCACCGCCUAGACCCUUCGGUCCCGACGCCGUAUUCCAUAGACGAGGUGUUCAAGGCGCGGUACGAGGGCCUCAAGACGAAGGCCGGCGAAGCCAUGGACGUCCUGCAGAAGAAGUUCGGCACCACGGUGUACACGCAAGAAUUGCUGGCCGUGCGGGAGCGCGCUAGAAGGCGCCGCGAGGGCAGGUCCAAGAAGAGGAAGAUCGAGGCCGUUACGCAGCCGGAGAAGUGGGGCAAGUGGAAGAAGGGGAAGCUGGAGAAGAAGGUUAAACGCAGGAAGGAGAAGGGGCUGCAGAAUCGGAAUCGGAGGAGGGAGUAUUAGAGCAUGAAGCCGAUUUCUGAGGGGGUUUGGAGUAGUGGAAUCUAGAAUGGGAAAAUGGAAUAAUUUGGGAGCAUCGCGUUGAUGCGUAGAUAUGAAAUGAUAGUUGAUUAUAUCCAAAUAUGCUUGACGAUUGCUCAUUUGACUAUGAGUUUAUGUUUGUUGCUUGAGAAUUUUGAAGAAUUCGAUGACUUUUUUUACUGCUA